GUUUCGCGUAUGCGCACUACGAUGCAACUCUGGUAGCCGCACUGAUCGGUGAACAACAUGGACAUCUCCCCCACCACGAGGGAAGGGCCACCUGCAGCAAUACCAGCCUUGGUUGCCAGGAGUAACAUGAAGGGCUUUGGUGUUGAAGUUUCUGAAGACUCUGAUAGCGACAGCUCCUCUUCAGGCUCCUCUGUUUCAUCUACAACUGUGUUUGAAAGUAUCGCUGACGAUGAGUGUUUAAGCCAACCAAUUCCCUUUAAAACGAAAGAUGAAAUUUUACUUGAGGAUUUGCCAGCAGUGGAGGAGCUUACUGUUUCACUACCAGAUGAUGUCGAAAUAAUGCCAGCAGGAGAAAUAUCUAGUAUCAUAAAGCAGCUUGUAAUAAUCCAGUCUCUGAAAAACUCUCCUCCUCUGACGGAUGACAGCAUCAUCUUUCGAUCUGAUCGACUAGCUUUGGGCAAGGUUUUCGAAGUCUUCGGUCCUGUAUCUAGGCCACUCUAUAUCUUGCGUUUUAAUUCUCCUGAUGAGCUAAGCAGUAAGGGACUGACACUUGGACUGAUGGUUUACUACGCACCAGAUAUGAAGGAGUACACUGGAUACAUCCUCCUACAACAACUUCAACUUUUCAAAGGCUCAGAUGCAUCCUGGAAAAAUGAUCAAGAACCACCACAAGAGGCUUUAGACUAUAGCGAUGAUGAGAUGGAGCAGCAAGCAAAAAAGAACGUUAAAAAAUCCAGAAAGACACACAACAACAAAGAUGGUCUCCGACCAAACAGUCAGCUGCCUCACCGUAUGACAUCAAAACAUAAAGGAUCUCUGUUCAGGCACCACAAUGUGAACAACAAUCAACAACCUUAUUGCCACUCAAAUCAACCAACUCUGCACACAAAUGUCCCUUCUGAGUACAGUGCUCCUCCCACCUAUUAUCCACCCCAUCCACCACCCCCACUCACCUUCCCUCACUACCCCCCACCAUCAUUCUUUAGUCCAUCAUACGCCUCUCAUCUCUGGCCACCAAACUGUGUCCCAUUCUCAGAACUGCCUCCUCCUCCCCCUCCUCCGCCCCCUCCACCCCCUCCUCAGUGAAUCUUACUCACAAUGUAGAUGCUGUAUAUUUCUUAACAUUCUGAACUGCAACUUAAAGCAAUUACAAGAAUAUGCACAAAUAUUAUAAAACAAGACAUCAAACUGCACAAUAUUGCUCCAGGAUCCAUAUUUUUUAUUUUUUCCCAGCUGACCACUGGAGGUACGCUUUAACUGAUUUCAACCAAAGAAGGUCAUGGAUUGCAGCCCCAUUUCCUUUGACCGUAUUGUCAAUAUUUGCUGUUUUUUCUUAAACACGGUUGUGAACUUUUUUUUUAUAUAUAAUACUGUAUAAUUUCAGUGAUUUGAGCAAUUUUCACCUUCAAAUGUUUGUGACAGGCUGGAAAUAUUAUGUGGCCAGGUUUUAACCUUUCAACAACUAGUAAAUAAUUUGGUAUCUCCAGGUCAACCAUUUUCCAAUAUAAAUAAUAUUGUACCUUUUGUAUAUGUUAAGCGAAGCUGAUUUAUCAAUCUCAAUAAAUCCAUAGUAUCCAAAGUCAUUAUUUUCUGUCUGAUUGCCAGCAUUUAUAAUCCUCAAAUGAUAAAGGUUAGGACGCAUUGUUUUGAAUGUCUCAGCUUCUAUGGCUAGGUUCAUACAGCAGGUCUUAAUGCACAACUCUGAUUUUUUGUCAUAUUUGUUUUUUUGGUGUGCCCUUUCAGACUGCCUUUGUCCAUUGAGCCCGUUCAAGUAUUAUGCAUGCACACUAAUUCGCAGUCCGACACACAUUGAGCAAACUGACCCGCAUGCGCAGAAGCGUCAAAAUGAAUAAC